AUGCAGCUUAUUACUGCUUUGGGUUCGGCUAUAGUCAUAAUCGCAUACGGAAUACAGCAAUGUUCUGCACCUCCUCUGAUAUUGGAGACAGUAGUAACUGGUGCAGUAGCAGCAGGGACAGUAGGUGGCAUUAGUGCCUUUUUAGGGACACUGCAUAAGAGAGACUACGUUCACAUAGAUAAACGUGAUGAUGAUACUUUUGCGGGGUUUCCCCAGCCAGCUGGCGGCCUUUGCAAGUCCCAACUAAGCUCAUCUCACAUACUGUUUUCGUCGCUUGAGACCGGUACUCUUCGAAUUGACAAUCUUCCACCGGCCUGUAUGACACUAAGCACUGUGUUGGGCGGCCAAAACCCGAAUUCACCCGCGCCUAUUCCUCUGGGUACGCCUCCACAACCGUAA